AUGGCGGAGCAGCAGGUGGUGGCGGACCUCCGAGAGAAGUGCGCCACGCCGCCGUCGCUGCUGCGCGACGUGGCGGCGGCGAUGGCCGACGAGAUGUGCGCCGGGCUGGAGAUGGAGGGUGGGAGCAGGGUCAAGAUGCUGCUCUCCUACGUUGACAAGCUCCCCACCGGGAGAGAGGAAGGUUUGUUCUAUGGACUGGACCUAGGAGGGACAAACUUCCGUGUCUUGAAGGUGCAGCUAGGUGGCAAUGAUAAGCAUGUCAUUAGCCGCGAGUCCAGAGAAGUCGCCAUCCCACCACAUUUGAUGUCAGGGAGCUCCUCUGAAUUGUUUGGUUUCAUUGCUUCUGAAUUAGCCAAGUUUGUGGCUGAUGAAGAGAAGGGUACUAGCUUGUCAAAUGGGAAGACAAGGGAACUAGGAUUCACAUUUUCUUUCCCAGUGAGGCAACGGUCUGUUGCAUCGGGUACCCUUGUCAAGUGGACAAAGGCAUUUUCUAUAGAAGAUGCUGUAGGUAAAGAUGUAGUUGCUGAACUGCAAACAGCUAUGCAGAAGCAAGGUCUAGACAUGCAUGUGGCCGCACUAAUUAAUGACGCUGUUGGGACAUUGGCUGGAGCCAGAUACUAUGAUGAAGAUGUCGUCGCAGGUGUGAUAUUUGGCACUGGCACAAAUGCUGCUUAUGUUGAGAAGGCAAAUGCUAUACCAAAAUGGGAAGGAGAGCUGCCUAGUUCAGGACAAAUGGUCAUUAAUAUGGAAUGGGGUAAUUUCUAUUCGUGUCAUCUUCCAGUAACUGAAUAUGAUCAAGCAUUAGAUAAUGAAAGCUUAAAUCCAGGAGAGCAGGCAAGUUUAUUUUAUAGUCUGCCUGUUCUUGCUGUUGAGCAUUGGCUCAAUCGUAUACUUUGGUUCUUUCAGAUCUACGAGAAGUUAACCUCAGGAAUGUAUUUAGGUGAAAUUGUAAGGAGGGUCUUGCUUAAACUGUCCUUGCAAUCUGCCAUUUUCGGUGAAAUUGACCACACUAAGCUCAAAACUCAUUUCCAUCUCCGGACUCCGCAUAUUUCUGCAAUGCACCAUGACGACACGCCCGAUCUGAAGACAGUGGAAGAAAAACUGAAGGAAAUCCUAGAGAUUGCAGGCACGUCCUUAGAGACGCGGAAAAUGGUUGUUGAAAUCUGCGACAUUGUAGCAAGAAGGGCGGCCCGGCUGGCUGCUGCGGGCCUUGCAGGGAUCCUCAAGAAGCUUGGGAGGGAUGGCUCCGUCGACAAGCGCCGGUCGGUCAUCGCCAUCGACGGAGGACUGUUCGAACACUACUCCAAGUUCAGCAAAUGCUUGGAAACUACUCUAAAUGAACUGCUAGGGGAGGAGUCAUCGAAGUUCAUAGUCGUCAAGCAUGCGGAUGAUGGCUCGGGGAUAGGGGCUGCCCUGAUUGCUGCUUCCCAAUCUCAAUACAGAAAUGUUGAAUAA